GACACCAAGCUCAGGGCAUUCCCUGCCUGGGCAGGACACUUGGCUCGCUUUGCGUCAUUCCACAGUCACCAGGAAAACUGGAUCAUGGGUAUGGACCAGAGCCAAGAGAUUGAGGUGCAGGCAGAGGAUUUCCGAGAGCCACGAGCUGAUGCAAGUCCUCAUGGGAACAUGCGAGAUAACCAAGUAGCAAAAGGCACUGGCAGAGUCCAGGCGAGAGCAGUGCAGCCACAGGCAGAACAGCAUGGCAGGGCUCCACGUCCGCUCCCUGCUGGUGACUGGAGCCAACCGAGGCAUCGGCCUGGGGCUCAUCCAGCAUUUCCUGAGGAUGCCAAAACCACCACAGUGGAUCUUUGCAGGCUGUCGGGACCCCAAGGGACAGAGAGCACAGGAGUUACAGAAUUUGGCCUCCAAACACCCCAACAUCAUCAUCAUCCCGCUCGAAGUCGCCGACCCCAGCAGCAUCAAGGCGGCUGCAGCCAAGGUUGGGGAGCACCUGGGGAACUCUGGGCUGAACCUCCUCAUCAACAAUGCUGGAAUUGUGAAGCUGAACACACUUGAUACUGAGACAUUGGAGGACAUGAGAGAGAUUUAUACCACCAACACAAUUGGGCCCCUGCUGAUGGCCCAGGCGUUUCUGCCCUUGCUGAAGAAGGCUGCCCAGGGGAGCCCAGGCUCAGGGCUGAGCUGCAGCAAGGCUGCCAUCGUCAAUAUAUCCAGCAUUGGGGGCUCCAUCGCUUCUUCCUUUGGUUGGGAAUUGAUGCAAGUCACCUCGUACCGCUGCAGCAAGGCUGCUCUGAACAUGCUGAGCAAGUGCCAGUCCCUGGCGUACAAGGAGCACGGCAUCCUCUGCGUCGCUCUCCACCCCGGCUGGGUGCAAACCGACAUGGGCAGCUCUGCUGGACACACGCCCCCUGUGACAGUGGAUGACAGCGUGCAAGGGAUGCUGAAGGUCCUCUCCUCCCUCUCCGAGAAGGACACCGGCGCCUUCCUGGACUGGGAAGGGAAGGUCAUACCCUGGUGAGACACCACUUGAGAAUCCUGGCAGCCAGAAGGGGCCCUGUGCCACUGCUCCUACCUGUCCCACAUCCUCAAUAAACUCCUGCUGA